AUGAAGCAAGACGCUGAUGCUACCGUAGUCCCCGCUUGUUUCAUAUCAAACCAUGAAGGAUUUCACGGAAACAUUAAAAAGUUCAUCCGAGACUUCGUGGUGACCGAAAUCGACGUAAAUGGACGGCAGGUGAACAUAGAAACAGACGUGCAGGCUCCUCACUGCUCGGAUAAGACGAGCGCGGAAUGUAAGCAUGACCAGAACCUUCAAGGUUUGGAGGACUGCGACAUCUCCACCGACUGCAGGUUCGAUUUGACCAUGUCCAGCCCAGACAGUUUGGACUUGAGCAUGGUUUUGGGUCAGGCGGUGAGCGAGAAGCUGGAGCAGUUUGUGGUGAGUCUCCGCGAUGAGGUGGAGGACAGUGAAAAGUCGGGCCACAAGGAGCUUUCACUAGGUUCCUUCACCGACAAGUACCAGAGAGCCAACGUGCACCGGGCCGUCCGACACAGCUUCCCGUUCUUGAUGACUGUCACCAUCCAACCGGAGAUAAGAGUUCGUGAAGACCCGGACUACAGGGAGCUCUCCCAGCUUGUCACCGAGGAGGAAGCGGAGGACUUCUUCAGGUUCAUCGAUGCCAAAGUGCAAGAUUCGUCCUACACGUUUCACCCGGACGACAACAAGGAGCAUCGCACGGCCGUCCAUCACUUCCUCAACCGCAGGUUCGGGAAACUGGUGGAGACCAAAAGCUUCAACGACCAGGACAAGAUGGCCAUCUCGGUGCGAUUGCGGGAGCGGGGUCGACCUAAAAAGAGGAGUUCCGAUGAGCGCAGGGAGGAGGAUGUCUAUACAGCGUUCACUCUAUGUAAGGAGAACUUGGAGACUCUGGAGGCCAUCAGCUACAUGGCGGCAACUCUCGGCGUCCUACCGUCAGACUUCACCUACGCUGGAAUCAAAGACAAACGAGCAGUCACCUACCAGUCCAUGGUGGUCAAGAAGGUCUCGCCUCAACGGUUGACGGAGAAACGGGCAGAAUUUGAGAAGCGAGGGAUGCGUCUGUCCCACAUCCGCUCUGCGUCAGAGCCACUUAAAUUAGGACGACUGCGGGGAAACCACUUUGACUUGGUCGUACGCAACCUGAGGUCGCACGGCGCGAGCGGCACACGCUCCUUCGCCGACACACGACAUCAACUUACCGGCUUGGUGGAAGAGGCGCUGGAGAAUGUCAAGGUGAGAGGUUUUGUCAACUACUACGGGCCGCAGAGGUUCGGAACUGGGCAGAGCGUUCAGUCGGACCUGGUUGGGUUGGCUAUACUCAAAGAAGACAUGGUGGACGCCGUCCGUUUAUUCUUCAGUCCCGAGGACGGCGACGAUCCUCCGAGCAAAGCGAAGAGGCACUUCCUUCAGACCGAUAACGCCAAGGAGUCCUUGGCGUUAAUGCCGGCAUCCAAAGCCAGGGAACGCCUCAUGCUCCGCGCCUUGAACCGCUACGGCACAGGUCCGGAAGGUUGCGCCAAAGCCUGGCUCAGUCUUCCCCAUGGCAUGAGGCUCUUCUACCCGCACGCCUACUGUAGCAGAGUUUGGAAUGAGGCUGUGGCACACCGGUUGGUUACGUUGGGUCACGGCGUACGAAAGGGAGACCUGGUGUGGAUGCGGGAAGUGGACAACGGCGGAGAAUGCAAAGCAGCUCAGGUAAAAUUGGUUUCUCAGAUCCACGUGGUGACAGAACAAGAAGAGGAACAAGGAGUCUACGCGCUAGCUCAGGUGUUGCUCCCCAUGCCAGGAAAUACGGUAAAGUACCCCGAGAACGCCAUGGGCACGUGGUACCGAGAGCGACUUACCAGAGACGGCUUGGAAAACUGCCGCUUCCGAGUGGGUGGUCUCAAACUCAACUUGCCGGGCUGCUACCGCCCUUUGCUAGCCAGUUUGUGCAACCUUAGCUACCGGCUAACCAACGACGACGCGUCAGAGAAGAUGGGAAAUGUCGGAGAAUCGCUCACGCUUACCCUGAAUUUCGAUUUGGACUCCUCAUGCUACGCUACUAUCUGCCUUAGAGAGAUCAUGAAAUGCGAUCCUUAG